UCUCGCGAGAUUACACUCCUGCCGUGUGGAUUCGCUUUCCGGAAGAGUCAGAGAGAUAUACAUAUAUAGUUACUUGUAUACUAACUGUACUGCGGGACUUUUAAACAACGUCCCGGUAUUGCAGGCUGAAUUAAAAAAAAAAGAACGGCGCUGUACCGGGGGAAGCAGGGCUGUUGGGCGGUAUGAAGUAGGGUUGAUUCCAUUGGUGCUAUGUGUUCACUGGUAUACCUAAACCAAGUGUAUGAACAAGUGUAUUUCACCACCUUAAUAAGAUAAAGUCUACCAAUGUAGACUGUCGUGUGCAGGAGGCAAGUUGGUAAAAUGGUGAAAGUAAGAAACAAAUGUCGGAUAUUUUGCCUUUCUGGAUGAGAAACUGAAUUUUAUCUUCAAGUUCUGCCAAAAUCUGUUUACAUGUGCAGGUCACUUCGAUAUUGUGUUAGUCACUGUCUUUAUACAGCAAUGACAAGGCUAGAAGAAGCUAAUAGGGAGGUCAACAUGUAUUCUUCAGUGAGAUAUUUGGGCUAUUUGGCUAGAAUUAGCUUGUUAGUGGCCAUAUGUAUGGGCCUGUAUGUCAGAUGGGAGCAAACAGCAGAUAUAUUGAUACUAGUAAUAUUUAUAUUGGGCCUCUUCAUCCUUGGAAUUGCAAGCAUUCUACACUAUUAUUUUUCAAUGGAAGCAGCCAGUUUGAGCCUUUCCAAUCUUUGGUUUGGAUUUCUUCUUGGACUUCUUUGCUUUAUUGACAGUUCAACAUUUAAGCAUGAUGUAAAAGAAGAGGCUACAAAAUACUUGCUUCUUUCCUCCAUAAUUAUAAAAACUUUGUGUGCUUUGGUGGAGAGAAUUUGUGGCUGUGUUCGACACCGGCCAACUCUCUUGACAUCUUCUGAAUUUCUGGAACUGGUUGGAUUUGCAAUUGCCAGUACCAUCAUGCUGGUACAAAAGUCUCUAAGCAUAAUCUUGCUAGUUGCAGCAUUGGCCAUGAUCAUAAUUGACCUGCGAAUGAAGUCCUUUCUGUCUAUUGCAAUCCUAGUUGUUUUUGCAUCAAUUACGCCAGAGUUAUUUUUCAAAUCUUUGGAUAUUCCUGCGAACCCAUAUGCCUUAUCUUGCUUUUUUUUCUGUAUAAUAAGCAACCCUUUUCUUGAUGUAUACUUCAGUGGACUGUCUGUAACAGAACGCUGGAAACCAUACUUGUACCGUGGAAGAAUUUGUAGAAGGUUUUCUGUUAUUUCCAUUGGAUUAAUUGAACUUGUUUUUUUUGUGUUUGCAGCUCUAAAACUAGGUGAUUUACAACUUUGGUAUUUUGUUAUUCCUGGAUUCUCCAUCUUUGGGAUAUUUUGGUUGAUCGGGCACAUAAUAUUUUUGAUUACUCUUUGGGGGUUCAAUACUAAACUUAACGAGUGUCACAAAGUAUAUUAUACUCACAGACUAGAUAACAGCCUAGACAGAGUUAUGGCUUCCAAAGGAAUGCGCCAUUUCUGCCUUAUUUCAGAACGAUUGGUCUUUUGCAGUCUUCUGGCAACAAUCAUCCUAGGUGCUGUUUCCUGGCAGUCAUCGAAUGGACUCUUCAUUAGUAUGUUCCUCAUUGUAUUACCACUGGAAUCCAUGGCACAUGGUCUUUUCCAUGAACUUGGCAACUGCUUGGGUGGAACAAGUGUUGGAUAUGCCGUUGUGAUUCCUACAAAUUUCUGCAGCCCUAAUGGUCAGCCCAUGCUUCUUCCACCAGAACAUGUGCAAGAAUUAAACUUACGAUCAACAGGAAUGUUAAAUGCUAUUCAGAGAUUUUUUGCUUCUCAUAUGAUCGAAACAUAUGGAUGUGAUUACUCUACCAGUGGACUAACUUUUGAUACUCUACAUUCAAAGCUAAAAUCAUUUCUUGACUUAAGAACAUCUGAUGGACCUAGACAUGAUACAUACAUCAUAUACUAUAGUGGACAUUCACACAGCACUGGAGAGUGGGCAUUAGCUGGUGGUGAAACAUUGCGUUUUGACACUCUUUUGGAAUGGUGGCGAGAGAAGAAUGGUUCCUUUUGUUCGCGACUUAUAAUUGUUUUGGACACAGAAAGUUCCCAGCCUUGGGUUAGGGAAGUUCGCAAAGUCAGAGAUCAGUAUGUUGCUGUGCAAGGGGCAGAGAUGGCAAGGGUUGUAGAUAUUGAAGAAGCAGAUCCUCCCCAGAUAGGGGAUUUUACUAAAGAAUGGGUGGAGUACAAUUGUAAUUCUGACAAUAAUAUAAAUUGGUCUGAAAAGGGCCGUACUGUAAAGGCAGUUUAUGGAGUAUCAAAAGCCUGGAGCGACUACACUUUACAUUUACCAACUGGUAAUGAUGUUGCAAAACAUUGGAUGACCUAUUUUCCUCGCAUUACAUACCCACUUGUUCAUUUAGCCAAUUGGUGCGGGGCUCUUAACCUGUUUUGGCUUUGUAAAAUUUGCUACAAGUGUUUAAAAAGGUUAAAAAUGAAUUGGUUCCUUCCAGCUGUACUUGAUACAGGACAAGGCUUUAAACUGGUCAAAUCUUAGUUAUUGUUUGGUAACUGUAAACUCUCUGCAUUUUGCUAAAGGAAAAAUAAAACAUUUGCUAUCCCUUUCAUAUGGGGUGAAACAUCAUGCUACAUAGCUACUAUUUGUUAUAAUAAAAUAGUCUUUGUGUUGAACUGUUACUGAGAGCAUUUGCAUGUGUGUGAAUGUAUGCGAGUAUAUCUGUGUUUGUGCGUGUGUCUUUGUAACAAUAUGUUCAUUAGAUGGACAAUUGGACAGUAAAACUGCUGCCAUGUUACAGUAACAUGAGGGGUUCUCCAAUACUGCCUCCCCUAGAACAUGGGAUAUAACAUGGUAGAACAUUAGUACAUCUUUAAAAUUACAAUAUUUCAUGCUCCAUUUUUGUGAGCUUGUGUGCAUUUAUAAAACAAGAUAUAUGGUGGUAUAUUUUUUAAAAUCAAAAUAGGGAAAGUGAAUCCUAUUUUUUUUUUUUUUAAAUGAAUGGUCACUUAUUUAUUAAUAAGGAAAACCCACUCAAACUCAAACAUCUUGAAAUUUUUUGAGGUUACGAGCUCGAAAAACUCUAAAACUUUGAGUUUAAGAAUAUUGCUUGACUUUGCCUAUGACAACUCCUAUUGAAACUCACAAGCUUUUUUUUACAAAUUUUUACAUUCAAGUGUUUAGGUUUUUUGCACUUAAUAAAUCCCUGACGUUCAUGCUUUUGAGCCAUAACUCAAAUUCAAGUUUUUAGGCACAAAAAAACUUGAAUUAAGAAAAAAAUCAAACUUAAAAAUUGAUAAAUAAGCCCAGUAUAUAUUCCCAACAGUCAGAAUAAUUUUAAAUCAGUUGACACAUUUAUUAUUGUAGCACAUGUGAGCAGACACAAAAUGUAAUGAUGUUUUUUGGGUUUUUUUUUGCUGCCAUCGCUUUUUGCCACGCAUCAUUGGGGGACUCAUUCUGCAGGGCUACCAUACUAGUAAUGCACUAUAUUAUGCUUGCUUUAGUAAUUCCUGCUACCUGGGGGAACCAGUAGUAAAGCAGAACAUAUGGUCAAGAGAGUUAUUGAACCAUCAUUUAUUGAAGUACGUAAGAAAACAAUUCUUUAUUGUUGUUUUCUAAUUAUUUGGAUAUAUUUAUUUAGAAUAUGAGCCAUUUUCAUAUACAAAAUUAAUAUUAAAAUGCCCUGUUAAUAUAGGUAUUAUGUCUCUCAUUUAGAAUAAUUACAACCUAUUUUUUCCAGGUGAGACACGUUUUUUUAAAAAAAAAAAAAAAACCUAGUAUGAUUGUUUUUCAUUCAUCGCAUUCAUCAUAGAUGUAUGUUAUUUUAUCCAAAUCAGUAAAAGCCGUUACUAAAAUAUAGUAUUUGAAAAAAAUUUGUGUUGCAUUGUUUAAAUGUGAAUUCAUUCUAUGUGUGAUUUAAUUUGUAAGCAGAUGAAUUGCAUGGCUUUCUUGAUGCCUGAACAAACUUUUGCAAAUAUGAUACCUGCUGCAUAUUAGAGAUGAAGUUAUCGAUAGAACAACCAGUACCAAGGAUUACAGCAGAUAGAACUCAGGGAUGAACAUGCCAUUUGACAAAUUGUUUUAUGCCUUGUUUACCAUCCAAUCUAUGCAAUGUAUUCAACCCUUUCAGAGCUGAGUGCUCAUGAAUUAUUCUUGUAUGUAUGUAUCUAUAUGUUUCAAACAGUUUUAUGCAACAUUCUGUCACACAAUCUUGAUUGCUUGUUUUGUCUCAAUGUUUUUUUAAUAUGUUCAAAAAAGAUUAGUUAAACAAAUAUAUUUGAUAUCUUAAAGCUUUAUUUGUGUAAUGUAAAUAAAACAUUGUAAAUGA